CGCGCGCAUGCGCUCUGUGUUUGACGCGUGUAGAGUUGACAAUCCGUGCAUUCAGUUUUCUUCUUUGACGUUUCGUAACGUUUGUGUAACAGUUUUUCAGUGGUUUAUUUUAAUAUAUAAAUUGUAUUGAUAAUAAUAACAAUCAAAAUGGAAAGAAAUGAACGCAAAGCGAACUCUCGUAAUCAUUCGAUCACUAUUGAUCGUGAUUCCAAAUUUAUUUUGCGAAAAGUUUUGCUGGAUUUUACGAUACUUUUUAUAGUUGGCUUCCUAAUCUUAGUAUUCUACCUAUGGGGAUCGCCGUAUAAGCGUGGAUUCUUCUGCGACGAUGAAUCACUCAAACACCCUUAUAAAGAAUCGACCGUCACGAAUUUGAUGCUGUACAUCAUUGGAAUCGGCCUUCCAGUAGUCACGAUGUGUCUCACUGAGUGGAUCAGGCUGCGAGACUACAGAGGCGGUCGAUCCCGAGUGAUCCUCGGCAAAGAGAUACCAGCUUGGGUAUGGGAAGCCUACCGGGUUAUAGGGGUUUUCCUCUUCGGGUGUGCCUGCCAGCAGCUCACGACAGACGUCGCCAAGUACACAAUUGGAAGACUGAGGCCGCAUUUCUUCUAUGUGUGCAAGCCUGAUAUCGAUUGCACUCUGCCGGAGAACAAGUGGCGGUAUAUUGAGAAGUUCACUUGCCUCGGAACUGAUGAUAAGCUGAAGAAGGAGAUGAGAUUGUCUUUCCCAAGUGGACAUUCGUCUUUCUCUGCAUAUACAAUGUUCUACUUUGCGAUGUAUCUUCACAAACGUUUCACAUGGCGAGGUUCGAAGCUCCUCCGUCACGGCAUCCAGUUCGUGCUGAUCAUGAUGGCGUGGUACACGGUUAUGACGCGAGUGUCCGACUACAAGCACCACUGGAGUGACGUACUCGCGGGCUUCAGCAUUGGGAUCAUAUUCGCAGCUGUUGUCUUCACCUUCAUAUCUGAUCUCCGCAAGACGCCACGCAGACAGACAGUCAACCACCACGACAACGAGCUGACCACCAACGGCAACACCCGGUCAGCAACCGGGUGGAAUGUUUGACAAUCCCCCGACUCCCAUAGCUCGUUGAGCGAGGAGCCAUGACCACCGAACGUGUCAUGGAUAUCCCAUGAAUACAUGGACUCGUAACGAAACUGCUUACGUGAGCAUUUUCCAUUAUUUUACACGUAAAAGUGUGACAGUGGUAAUUAUAUGAACUUAGUGCUAUUUUGGUAUCCGAUAACAUACAGUGCGAACGACGCAUUACGAAUACGGGCGCGUCUCGUUUUUACGUCACUUGACAGCAAUGUCAAAUUAUUUGACAUUUGUUGUCAAAAAUAAUAAAUAUGUCAAACUUUAUGACAAUCUAAAAAUAUGUACAGAUAAAUAUUUUCAUUAUACAACUUUAAAACAAACAUUAUUAAAGCGUUACUACAGAUAAUUUAUUUUAUCAAAAUAUUUAAACUAAAGACAAUUUGACGUAAAAUGAAACGUUUCAAGACAAGGACUUCAUUAUAGUAUGUUAUUUGAUUGGAAAUUAAUUCUGAAUGUUUUAUUACCUUACACGAACGUAUUACAUGUAAAUAGUAAAUAAUUGUAAACUGUUAGCCUAUGUAGUUUCAACAAAAAAAUGUUUGGUCUAAAAUAAUGACCAAAUUUAAAAAAAUAAAUGGACAUGAACAAAAUAUUGUCUAUUUCAUCGAAAUGUAUGUUAUUAUGUUACUACAUUAAAGUUAUAACAGGCUUACUCAUAAACGUUGUUCAGCGGGGGUUUCGUUAAACACUAAUUUCUCUCUUUCAAUUAAUCAUCCCUCUCCAACAAAAUUUAAAGGAAAAGCCGUUUAUGUCUCAGCGAUAGGUAUACGUAAAUAGGCGAGUCCCGCUAAAACUAGAAAGAACCGGAUAUGAAUGCACAAAAACGCAUUCGUUAGCUUCAUUAUCUUUUCAAUGCAAAAUAAUUUUAAUUCUUAAUGCCGUCUGGAAAAUUUAGGUCCGGAUUAGCGGGACUGUACUGAUUUUGAAGAGCGAUAUUUUGAAUAAAAUAAUUCUCCUAAAUAUUACUGUUCGUGAUUUGUUGUUUUAAAUUCUAAUUUUCCAUACGAACAUCGAUCAACGUGAUCGAUAACAAAGUUCUACAAAUAAUUAUUUAAACUCGCGUCUUCCAUACGAAUACAUAUUUCAUAUUGAAUAAUUUGUCGGCUUGUCACGUUUAAGUACUUGUAUGACAUGUCAUAACUAUUUUAACGUUAUGUACAUAUACGUAUGGCAUUUGAAUAGAAUAUGCACAAAGAAGUUUAUAUAUGUAUUUUUUAUUAAAAAUAAAAAAAAAAAAUUUAAUCCAAUCGCAGCUAUCAAAAUAGGCAUUAAAAAGCUUUGUUUUUUAAAACUAUUAUUAUCUAAUGCAUAAUUACUUCGUUUUAAUUUUAUUUAACAUUCGCAUACAUUUCUCUACUUACAAUUUAUGAUUUUUUUUUCUUCUUUUCUGUAACUUACACUAUACAUAUACCAUAAAAAUACAACGUAAUAUUCAAAAAUUUAAUUUUAAUAUCAAUUAUGCUUAUAUCAUAAAUUGUCAAUUUGUAGUAAUUAAUUCACUUAGUGCAAUUACUAAUGUAUAAAAAUAUCUACCUACUGUCGUAAGAAAUCGCUGUAAUAAGUACAUUUAAAAUAUUUUUAAUUAUCUUGGUGGAGUUGAAUAAUCAUAAAAGUGUGUUUAUAACAUCAAAUAUAUUAAUAUUAGCUUAAAAUCAUAUCUGAAUAUUUAGAUUACAGUACAAUUAUGUUAAGUUUAUUUCGAAGCAUUUUUUACCAGAUUUCUAAAUGAAUGUGAACGCAUUUCAGGUAAUAUAUACCGUUUUUUUUGUUAAAUAAAGAAAAUCAACACGCUCAUUUAUAUAAAAUAUUUAUUUUUGUAGUUGUAGAUAAAAAAUACCCAAGUCUUGAAGACAGGGGUUGUAUUUUUACUCUGUGAUAUAUUAUUGUAAAUAAUUAAAAGAAAAAAUGUUGCAGUUUUAUUAGUUUUUAGAAAAUUUUAUACUUUUAUGAGUAUUACGCGAAUUUUCAGAGGUGCAUUUUAUUCAUGUAAUACCUACAAAAACUUUUUUAUUCUAUGUGUUAUAAAUAGAAAUUUUGGCGGGAAAAACAGUGUAAAACAUUUUACUUAAUUUCAUAUUAGUUAUUAAAAUUUUGUGUGUAUAUUAUACGUAAAUAUUUAUAUUUGCUUUGUGCCUACACACUUAUGUAUUUUAAAGAAUGUAAGGUUUUUUUAAUGUAAGAAAUAUUAUAUAUAAAUGCAAUGAUUACGGAAAUAGUUGAGGCAUAAGAGUUUAUAAAAAAAAAUUGUGUUUGUAAUUCAUAAUGUAAUUAGUUUUUGAGAAUCUAUAAUAAUUAAUAUUUUAAGUCACAUUUUAAUUAAAAACUGUUGUUUUAUAAAAAGAAAUAUUAAGAAUAUAACGUGUACAACAUUUACAAUGCACUUAAAUUAUUUAUAUUGUGUAGUUUUAUGAGCGAACACUGCCUACUACUAAAUUUUUUUUGGCAGCUAUUUAUUAUAUUUUUUAAUAGUAUAAUUAGAAUAAGCAUACAGAAGCAUAAUAAAUACGUUUUAAACUAA